AUGUCGAAUCCGACUUCAGCUGCCGUUGCAGCAAACGGAACACAUCACACAGCCGAUACUUUUCGACCUCUGCUAAAAGCGCUCGCUGUCGCUGCCUCCGUUGACUCUCAGUCCGGCGAACCAAACCACCCCAGUGGAACCUCUACCAUCACUCACAAGCAGCUUGAGCAGAUCCUUGAGCACCUUGCCGAUCCCAACUUUACCUCUUCCCGAGAGAAUCACGCUCAGAUCGGAUCAGCGCUGACGUGCCUCAAGUUUUGCAGACUCGACAUCCAGGCAGAGACCUUCGCGUUGGCUGCUAGAAUCUUUUUGAAUUGCUGUCUCGAUGUGCACGUUCCUCCGCUAGAGAGGGAGAACGACGAGUAUGCGAGUGUGGGAGGCGUUGCAGGAGUCAAGUACAGGGGCACGUUGGAUUUGGUAGGAACAGGCGGUGAUGGAAAAGAUACAUUCAACGUCUCCACCACCGCUUCAAUGGUCGCUGCGGGCGUCAGAGGCGUACGGGUAUGCAAACACGGUGCGAAAGCUUCAUCUUCCACCUCUGGCUCUGCAGACCUGCUCAUGUCGCUAGGCAUCCCUCUGCUUGCACUACCAGCGUCACAACUUCCCAACGUGCUUCGAAAGAGCAAGUUCAGCUUCCUAUUCGCGCAACUCUUCCAUCCGGCACUUGCACCCUUGGGUCCUAUUCGUCGAUCCCUAGGCUUCCCAACGAUCUUCAACGUUCUUGGACCUCUUAUCAAUCCAGCCAAACCCGAAAGAUGCAUUCUCGGCGUUCACAGCUACUACCUCGGACGAAUCUUUGCCGAAGCGCUGCGAAAAAGAGGUACAGAACGAGCCUGGAUCGUGUGUGGGCAGGAAGGCUUGGAUGAGAUUUCACCUGCUGGCAAGACGGAUGUGUGGGAGCUCAAAGACGGCAAAAUCGAAGAGUUUACCAUUGAACCGGAAGAUUUUGGAUUGAAAAAGCAUCCGCUGGAGCAUGUGGGAAGUCAUUCUGCAGACGAAAACGCUGCGAUUGUUCUCAAGAUGUUUUCAACGCCGGAUUCGUCGACUCUGUCAACAGAGCCGUUGGCGAUGAAUCUGCCACUGGACCCGAGAGACUUUGCCAACUUUGCCCCGGAAACUCUGGUUCACGUACGAUCCCUCCCGACGAUCCCCAAAGGAGUGCGAUUGCAAGCCAUCAAGGAUUACACGUUGUUACAAACGGCUGCGCUAUUGUACGUCGGUUCGUACGCUAGCACGUUGGAGGACGCAGCAAAACUGGCACGCGAAAGCAUCGAGAGCGGUGCCGCACUAAGGGCCAUGGAGACUUUCAGAGACGAAUCCAACCUGGCGAUCGUCGAAAGCGAAAAGCAAGAGCAGCAGAAGAAGGAAACCAGAGAGAACCGCAAGAGUAUCGAAGAGACGGUCAAGAACCAGGAUCAGUACAGUUAUCUGCCCGAGAUCAGGCAAGACGUGUCGGUCGGAACGGACGACUAG